UCUCGGCUUCGCAGUGAUGACCCACAUCAGCGGCAUCAGCUUCUUCCAGAAGUUUCCUUGCACGGUUUCCAGCGCGGCGGGAAUACUCGGACAGUCUUACAUGAGCUUCUCGGUUCAUGUCGCGUCGUUUUAUCCGAGUGACAUUUUGUGCUUGUACUGUUGCACCGUAGAAAGUGGUCCACGGACUGUCACAGCUGAGGGGGACAACCUUGACGGCUGGCUAAGGUAGGAAGCUGUUGUCCGCGGUAGAGACAGCGGCGGCGGAGCCCGUUAACCGGACCCGGUCAGGGUCCUCCAGCUACACAUGCUGGAGGUGUUAUUGACACCGAAGAGAAACUCAAGUGUGUGCGUUGAUAAUGCUCUUAUGAAGUGGGAGAGGAACUGACCGAUCGCUGUAAUGGGUAAAGACUACUACAAAGUGCUCGGAAUUGCCAAAGGUGCCUCCGAGGACGAGAUAAAGAAGGCGUAUAGAAAACAGGCCCUGCGUUUUCACCCUGACAAGAACAAGUCUCCCGGAGCUGAAGACAAAUUCAAGGAGAUCGCCGAAGCUUACGAUGUCCUCAGCGAUGCCAAGAAAAAGGACAUUUAUGAUCGCUUUGGAGAAGAGGGACUGAAGGGUUCAGCUAACGGUGGAGGUGGAGGAUACAGUGGGCCGAGCUACAACUACACCUUCCACGGAGACCCUCAUGCAAUUUUCGCCGAGUUCUUCGGUGGCCGUAGCCCGUUCGACCACUUCUUCUCGCAGAACGGGGAGGAUGACAUGGAUAUCAACAACCCCUUUGGGUUUGGGAUGGGAGGGAUGGGUAACUUGGGUGGGUUUCACAGGCCCUUCAAACCUCACCCAGGAGGUGCGCACAGAGCGCGCGAGAAAAAGAAGGACCCGCCUGUGAUGCACGAGCUGAAAGUAAGCCUGGAAGAGGUGUUCUCAGGCUGCACGAAAAAGAUGAAGAUUUCUCGCAAAAGACUGAACCCCGACGGGUGCACGAUGCGGAGUGAAGACAAGAUUUUAACGGUCGACAUCAAACGCGGCUGGAAGGAGGGGACAAAAAUCACCUUUCCCAGGGAGGGAGAUGAAACUCCCACAAACAUUCCUGCAGAUGUGGUGUUUGUGGUUAAAGACAAACCACACCCUGUAUUCAGAAGAGAGGGCUCUGAUAUAGUUUAUCCUGCAAAAAUAUCACUUAGAGAGGCGCUGUGUGGAUGCACAGUCAACGCUCCCACGCUGGACGGCCGCACCAUCACUGUGACCUCCAGAGACGUUGUCAAACCUGGAAUGAAAAAGCGCAUUGCUGGAGAGGGGUUACCAUUGUCCAAGUUCCCUGAGAAGAGAGGAGACAUGAUCUUGGACUUCACUGUUAAAUUCCCUGAAAAACUGGGCCAAAGCACACGCGACGCACUCAAGCAGAUUCUUCCACCGUGACUUCAGAUUACGAUUAAGUUUUCCCCCCAAACCUAGCAAGUUAACAUUUCUAAUGAGCCUCUUCAAGGUACCUCACAUUUGGGUUUGGAUAAUAAGUGGGGUCAGGGCGGAUUUGGUUUCAGUUGAGUUUCACUCGUCAGUAUCCAGUCAGUUAACAGGGAAUCUACGAUAUGACUAAUCUCUCCCUUCGUGUGAAGGAGAAACCGCUAAAACAAAGGUUUUUAAAAAGUGAAAUGAAAUAUAAGAACCGAGGAUUUAGAUUCAAAACAGAUAUUUGAGGAGUGCUUUAAGGUGACGGCUACUUAGGAAUACCUCAGGAGCUCUGAACACCACAGACGCAUGCUUGAAUGUAGCUCUCACCCCAUUAAACAACAGGACAUGAUAUUUGUUGCCAUUAGAAUAAGCUUAGACUUAAAUACAGUGUGAAACAUGAGAAAACAUGGGAGGUGUUGAUAUAGGUAGCUUCACCAUUAAGUAGAACUUUCAUUUUCAUCGUGCAAGUAAAUUCAGUGUUUAACCUUUCAUUUACAAACAUUCUAGUGUUGCAAUCAUAACCUGCAUGGAAAGAAUAUACUCAAACUGUUCCCAAGUCUGAAAAGUGCCCUGGUGUGUGGACGUCUCCACUUAUGAUUAAUAUAUGAGGACGUUUCUGUUACAUAACUUAACAUAUGAACGAUCCGUAUGGGUCCCACGUGGGUCGUGCUGAAUAUUCAAGCUCAGAGUGCACAGAUCUCCACUCAAACACAGGACGAUGCAGCAUUGCACAGUUUUUAAAUUAAGAAAGAGAAAGAAAUUCUGACAGAUUGAUGCAUUGGGAAAAUGUCAGAUCAGUCAGUCAGUAAUUGUUUUAAGAUGAUGCAAAAUGUUUACUUUUGCAAUAUCAUGUUUGUCCAGGAGUGCACAACACUAUGUAAAAUAUCACUUGGAAGACUUUUCGUGCCAAACAAUUGUCCCUAUAAAAUUAUAAUAUGUGUUUGUUUCUAAAAGUAAAUAGAGGGCAUGUGUAUAUCCUGUUAUGUGACUGACAAAUACAAAAUCUUAAUUCAUUUGUCCCUGUUGCGAUGCACAAAGUACUCAUAGUAUUUUAAACAAAGUCAUAUGUGUUCAUGGUACUUUCUUUCUUUCCUGCUCAUCUGUUCUAAUGUUGUCAAUUAAAUGUAAAAAAUAAUCUCCUUCCUUGAAGGCCCAUAUAUUAUAUUUUUGACCAUCCUGUCUUAUAUCAUGACUCUUUUUCUUACCUGACAGCAUCCUCUUUAAGGUUUACAGUUGUGGGGAAUCUGUCUAAAUAGGAAAAAUAGUUUCACAGUUCAGUGGGAAACCUUAACGUGGCUGUCAAAAUCUGCCUCACGUUUGACUGUGGUGCUGAUGGAAGUGGGUAAGUCAGUUCAGUUUGCACAUUUAAAAGUAAGUUCAGUGUUGAUGUGAAUGUUGAAAAAGCAAACUUGUUGAUAGUUUUAAGGCACUGCUUCAUCCUGCUUCUUUUGGAGUUUACCUGAAACAAACAUGUGAUUUAACAUGAAGUAAUCUGUAUUAUUUUUGUUUUGUUUGUUUGCUAAAAAGGAAGUUUUAUUUCUUUUUUAUGGAGGGGUGGGGGUGGGGGGGUUUGAAAGCAUUAUUUUUGUUUUACCUCUUGUUUAUAUUUUCAAAUUCCUCAGGCUGGGUUUAGGAAACUAUUUGAUUUUUAAUAAUAAAACUUUUAUUAACUGAUUAUCAGACAUUUUUAAUAGUCAUUUCUUAUGCUGUGGUGAUGGUGAUUUGCAUUUUCUCAUUAAAGAAACUGGCAGACAA